GCGCUCGAGCCUCGGUUACAGGGUGUAGAGCAAGCACAUCUGGUCAGGUUUCUACUGACGUUCCCGAGCAGAAGCUCGUGCACCUGCCCAGCUGUGAUGUUACAAUGUAGCUGCUGUACAAUACAUUAAUAGUUGUCAUUUUAUUUUAUUUUAUUUUUAUUUUUUACCGUGAUGGAGUCUUUCGCUAGGGUCAGUGAGGGAACCUCGGUGUUAAACCUGUCGCGUCUGCAGCUGACCGACUUGGACCUGGAGCACAUCACGGAGCCACAACGCAAACAGGUCCAAGAGCUUCAUCUUACAUACAACAGCCUCGCGCUUUUCCCCACUUCCCUCUACAUGUUUUCCAACCUGGAAUCUCUUGACAUGAGCAAUAACGCGCUCUCGGUUUUUCCUGAGGACCUUGUGCAGCUCACAAAACUAAAGACGCUGGUCGCGAAAAAUAACCAGCUGGAUGAAGCCUCGUUUCCGAAACGGUUCGGUUCGAUGCCCAUCGAGACGCUGAACUUCAGCGGGAACCGAUUUAGAGAAAUACCCAGUCAGUUCCUGAAACUGAGCCGACUGCAGUCUCUGUCCAUGGGAGGAAACCGAUUAAAAAGCAUUCCAGCAGAGAUAGGAAACCUCACCAGGCUGGAGAUGUUGUAUCUGGGAGGAAAUCUGAUCUCUUUUAUUCCUCCUGAGCUGGCUAACCUGCGCUGCCUCAGGUACCUGGUGCUGUGUGAUAACUGCAUCCAGAGCGUUCCACCUCAGCUAUACAGGCUGCACUCCUUGCUGUCUCUCAGUCUCCACAACAACCUCCUGACAUUUCUACCACGUGAGAUCCUCAGCCUCGUGCACCUACAGGAGCUCAGUCUCCGCGGUAACCCUCUGGUAGUGCGCUUCGUCAAGGACAUGACCAAUGACCCCCCAUCCUUGCUCGAGCUGGCAGGACGGACCAUUAAAUCCCGGAACCUUCCGUACGUCGUGAGUGACCUCCCAGGCAACCUGUGCCGCUACCUGGACUCGGCCAGCAAGUGUCCCAACCCCAAAUGUGCAGGUGUAUACUUUGACUCGCGAGUUCGCCACAUCAAGUUUGUCGACUUCUGUGGAAAGUUCCGUCUGCCCCUCAUGCAGUACCUCUGUUCACCUGAAUGUAGCUCACCCUGCAGCUCCAACCCACAGAGCGAUGCCGAGUCAGAGGACGAGAGCAGCGUCCCAGCAGACAGGCUACAGAAGGUGCUCCUGGGAUAGCACAGUCCUCUUCUACAUUUAUAAAGUAUAAAAAAGUAUAUUUUUGUAACCUGUAUGGAUCAGUAUUGAAUGAUCAACACCAUGAGCAUGUCCAUGGAUGUCCAUUAUUGAGCUUAACGUGACCCAAUAAAUAAUGUGAUCUACUCA